AUGGCAGAAGCAGUGCUUUUCAACCUCGCCACCGAGAUACUGAAACUCGCUGGUUCCAAUACCUUUUCAGAGAUCCAACUUGUACGAGGCGCAAGGCAUGAGCUCGACAGUCUUAAGGACACUGUCAAGACCAUCCGAGCUGUGCUUUUGGAUGCUGAGAAGCAGCAAUGGCACAACCACCAGGUCAAGCUCUGGCUCGAGAGACUCAGGGACGUGCUGUACGACGUACAUGAAUUGCUCGACGAUGUCGCGACCGAAGAUUUGAGGCGGAAGGUCAUACCCGGCAACAAGAUAUCGAAAGUGGUACGCGUUUUCUUCUCUAAAUCGAAUCAGCUUGCACACCACCUCAAAGUGGCUAAUGAGAUUCAAAAACUUAGGAAGAGACUAGAUCGGAUUGCAAAUGAUAAGAAGUUCCAUUUAGAGCAGCAUCUGAUUGAGGAAACAAUGGCCAUUGUGAGAGGAAAGAAACUUGAAAUUUCCACACCUGACGAACAAAUAAUUGGUAGGAAAAAGGACAAAGAAAAGAUCAAACAACUUUUGUUUGAUUCCUCCUCCAGCGAUAGUGUGUCAUUUGUUUCCAUUGUUGGUAAAGGAGGCCUUGGAAAAACCGCACUUUCACGACUAGUGUACAACGAUGGGGAGGUGGAAAAACAUUUCGAUCUUAAGAUGUGGGUGUGUGUAUCUGAUGUCUUUGAUGUGAAUUUGAUUAUCAAAGAAAUUCUUAAAUCAGCGAACUAUCAAGAUCACGAGAAUAAGCCCUUAGACCAGUUAGAAUUGCAGAGACUUCUUCGUGAGACUCUAGGCAAGGAGAAAUAUUUGCUUGUUUUGGAUGACAUAUGGAAUGAAGAUCGGCUCAAAUGGUUGGUGCUUGGAGAUUGGCUAAAGGGUGGUGAAUGGGGAAGCAAGAUACUUGUAACCACUCGCAGUCACACGGUUGCGAAGGUCACAAAUGAAAACUCAGCUAUCUAUGAUCUAGAAGGCCUAACUACAGACAAGUCGUGGGAUCUAUUUAGGGAAGUGGCAUUUGGAGAAAGGCAAGCAUCGGUAGACCAGAGAUUGGAGGAGAUGGGAAGAGAUAUAGUUAGAAAAUGUGCCAGGGUUCCCCUUGCCAUUAGAACUAUAGGAAGCCUUUUGUAUGGCAAAAAGGAAGAUCAGUGGAACCGUUAUAGAGUGAAGGAGCUUCCAGAAAUACCAGAAAUUGAUGCAGUUGAUAAUGGAAUUAUGCAAGUUCUCAAGUUUAGUUACGAUCAUCUCCCAUCAUGCUUGAAACAUUGUUUUGCAUAUUGCUCAUUGUUUCCGAAAGAUCAUAUCUACAAGAAGGAGACGAUGAUGCCUCUUUGGGUGGCACAAGGCUUUAUUGAGUCACGCAAUGGGGAGGACAACCUUGAAGAGGUCGCCGACAAUUACUUGUCAAAGCUAAUAUGUAGGUCAUUCCUCGAUGCCAUAAGAAAAGACGACAAUGGUGAGGUCUUGCUGUUCAAGAUGCAUGAUCUCAUGCACGAUCUUGCCCAAAAAGUUGCUGGAGUUGAAUGCAAGAUUGUUAAUUUUAAAGGAGGAGAUAAUGAUGGAAGAAUUCGACAUGUAUCGUUUAUUUCAAAGAUUUUCUCUGAAGAGAAAUUGUUGUCCUUGCUCAAAACAUCCAAAUUGCGAACAUUUCUCUAUUUGAAAGGUGAAUCCUCUAUAUUCAACUCUCCCAAAGUUUUCUCCAAGUGUAGACACUGUCGAGCGUUGGGCUUGUGUAAAAUGGAUAUUCCUCUCCCUCCUUCCUCCUUUGGAAAGUUGAAGCAAUUAAGGCUUCUUUAUAUUUUCACAAACCAAUCUAUUGAGAUUUUGCCAGAUUCAAUCACGGAUUUAGUGAACUUGCAAUUCCUUAAACUCUUUAGAUGCGAGAACCUUAAAAUAUUUCCAAGAGAUUUGAGGAAAUUAGUCAAUCUUAGGCACCUCUCCAUUCAAAUGUGUUUCUCACUAAGCCACCUACCACCCCUAAGUGAACUCCCUUCCCUAAGGACAUUGAGUCUCAUGGGCUUGCAUGCACUGAAGUUUAUUCAACAGACAAGUGACCCCGAGCAAUCUAAUACCAUAUGCCCCUUCUUCCCAUCUCUUGAGAGUUUAGUCCUCUUCAACUGCAAGGGCCUGAUAGGAUGGUGGGAAAAAAGGCAAGUAAUGGAAGCAUAUCAAAAGCAUAUGUUAGACAAUCCACAGUCAUCCUUCCCAAAACUGCGGUCCGUGGAAAUAAAGCGGUGUCCUGACUUGAAUUUCGAGCCACCGUUCCCCCAAGUGGAAUGCUUGAAGAUAGAUAGCACGAAAAUGUUGGAAAAACAAUUGUUGACUAAUUCAAACUGCCUAUCAGAACCAGUAGUAGGAUCAACGUUCAUCCGUUUUUCUAAACUAAAGCAUCUAGAUCUUUCUGAUAGGGAUCUGGUGUCAUCGAUACUUGAGACUCUACUUCUAUUGGCCAGUAAUCUUGAGUCCAUGAGACUUCAUGGUUGGAACCAAUGGGGUCUCUCCGGUGCCAUGGAGGACCUUUCCUCGCUCCCCAUUCGGAGAUGUGAAGGACUCGAUUUAUCGUGCCAAGAAGACGACCAAGGCAUCGAAUGGCAAUUCCUUACGAAACUUCGUGUUCUUAAAAUCUCAUGCAUUGAUUGGGUGACAUUGCCCGAGUGGAUUCGACAUGUCAUGACUCUACAAUCUCUCGAGAUUUCAGAAUGUAAGAAACUGAGGAGUUUGCCGGAAUGGAUUGGAAAUUUCUCUUUGCUCAAAAAGCUUGUAUUAUUUAAUUGUCCAAGAUUAGAGCAUUUACCAUCUGAGGUACACAACCUCACAUGCUUGAAGGAACUGAGAAUCAUUAAUUGUCCCAAUCUGGAAGGGAGUUGCCUUACAGAUGUGCACGUUCCGGUCUUUAUUCCGGAGGGGAUAUGAAGCGGAACGAUCAGCAGAGUAGAGUGCAAAUAUUUAUCAAAAAGAAGAAAGCGUCCCUCCCUCUCCAGUCGUCACCACCUUCCUCGUUAUGUCGUGCGUCUAGAACAAAGAGCACCUUUGCCCCCUCGUCUUGCUUGUACAACCUCCUCA